AACCUCAACCAAAGGCUAGCUCUUCACCGGAAACGGGACGGGGUCAGCCAGGGUGGCGUCGCGAAGGCGGGCAGGCCGUCGACGUUAACAAGGAACACCCAUAUCGCGUCAAUCCUUCGACGGUGGAGGAUAUAUUGUACCCUCAUUGAUGCAGCGCUCAGGCAUCAUAUCGGCGCUACAAAUCCUCGUCAAAGAGUACCCCAGGGCCACGAGAUCCCAAGUCGAUAUAUGGGCGAAACGACUCGGCGUCCACGCCGACGAUAUCGAGACCUGGAUUGCACAUCAGCAAGACAAGCUGCAGCAGGAGCCCUCGAAGCCAGUCAUUAACUCUCAACUGCCCACACCCGGAAGCUCAUGCUCGCCCGAGCCUUUAAGCCCAGUACAAACAACGGCGACUCAUUCCGCGCCGGCAGUCCCGAAGCUGGAGUACGCGGAUCAGACAGAGAGCAAACCUCGUCCGACCUUCUUCUUGAGCGAGCAGUUCCACGAUCUCGCAGACAAAAUUCAUGUUGCCAGAACGGGUGCCGGGACGCCGCCUUGUCCACGGAACAGGCUACCAAGGUCUGGACGAACAUACCGAGAGAAUGAAAGCCUUCCUGGAGAGAUACGAAAAGGGGGAAUAUGCUGCCAUCGGCUUGAGCCCCCACCUGUUGGGCGAGGCGGACACCAGCAUGCCAUUGAAGCUUGAAGUUUGAGACAGAGCGCGACACGGGCGAAGACGCACCUUACUUGUGUCCAAGCCUGCUCUGCUGUCGAUUUGUUCGUUCGUGAUUGGAUGGGACUUUGCAUUCGCUAGACGUACUGUAUACAAAAUCAAUACGAUACAUACCGCAUACUUCCGCUACUUUCGUUUAAUUCACUACGCAUUUUGACGCCUCCUUCUCGCCGCUCUCCUCCGCGAGCGGUUGUGCGACCCGGACCUCGCCGCCAUCCUCGCCCUCCGCACGCGCGAGCCUCGCCUCCUGC